AUGGCCGCCAGGGACUGUAACGGCUACAAAAGUCAUGGCCAGACGUUUCCAUCGGGAGUUAAGUACUGCGUUGAGAGAGUCAAGGAGGGGCGGGAUUCGAUACUGUGCACGGCAGCUCUUCUUGGACACACAAACUGCGUCAGGAUCCUCGUUGAAUACAGAGGCGCAGACGUCGAAGAACUGGGCUCAGUUUCUACUGGAGGGCCUCUUCUGUCUGGAGUUAGUCCUUUAUGGUGCGCUGCUUUCGAAGAGCAUUACUGGGUUAUUGCCUAUCUUCUUUCUAAAGGCGCCAAUCCAAAUGGCAAUACAAGUUUCUACAGCACUCCAUUGCAAGCUGCAUGUGAGCUAGGGUACUUCCAUAUUGUCAGACUUCUUGUGGAACAUGGGGCCUAUAUCGAGGCUGCUGAUGACCGCGCUGUCACUUGUCUGAUGCUUGCUUCCUUCGGCGGCCAUUUGGAAAUCGUGAAGUACCUUUUGGAAGUGGGCGCUGAUGUCAAUGGCAAAAACAUAGAAGGCGAAGGUGCACUCCACGCCUGCGCAAAGGCAGGACAUCUGGAAGUAAUGAAACUGCUGCUGGAACACAACGCUUGGAUGGGUGCCGACUAUUCUGGAUUAACGCCUUUGCUUGUGGCCAGCUCUCGUGGUCAUAGGGACAUGGUAGAAUAUCUGUUAAGUAGAAAUGACCUGGUAUCUGCAAAGGAGAAAGCUGAUGCAUUGGAGCUACUUGGAGCUUCCCUUUUCAACAGUACGGAAGAUAUAGUCGCUACAGUUAAUUACUGGAAAUCAGCAAUCAAUCAGAGGUACGUCAAUGGCGCCCUCAUAUAUCCAAAAACCCAAGAUAAUUUGUCUUGUCCUUCAGAUGAAGAGUUCAGUGAAGUCAACACCUUGGAGGAUUUAGAAAAUAUAGAAUUAGAUCCUCAAGAAGUUCAAUUGCAGGCACUUCUCGUGAUGGAAAGGAUUUUAGGCCCUGGUCACUUGCAAACAAUGAAGAAUAUUAAUAAAAUAGGGAUUGCUCAUGGAAUCGAAGAAAUGGAGCUGAUUAUUUCUGCAUUGAACAAUGCUGACGAUUAUGUAAGGAGCAAACACAAAUCUCACGUGGACCAGUUUAUCAUGAUAGUUUUGCAUUUUUUGGUGCCGUUUACGAGAUUGCAGCCUGACCUCCCUGACUGCCAGCGGCACACAGUGAAAAAAGCAAUGUAUACGCUAGUUAAGAAGGGUCUCAGGAAUUCCCUGGGUUCGACUCCUUUGCAAGUCGCUUGCUCCCCAGAAUUUGAGGAAAUUGAAGAUCCGGAUCUGCCUAUGUCUGCCACUCCCAGAGCGGAAGUCGUGAACCUUCUGCUAGAGACUGGCUCUGAUCCCAGUGCCACAGACAACGAAGGUAACACACCUCUCCACGCAAUUGCCAAGAACGAAGAGUGUCCCAAAGGUAUAGUAGACGCCCUCUUGUCAAGAGGGGCUCACUUAGAUGCUAAGAAUGGUCAGGGCCAGACGUUCGCAUCCUUGAGAGCUGACCAAGGGCAGCCAGUAUCUCAGUUAGUAAAUGUUGUUCGUCACACCUCUUUGCAGUGCCUGGCUGCAGCGUGUAUUAAGAGUCAGGGUAUUUCUUACAAGGGCAUCUUACAUCCUCGACUUGAGCAGUUUGUUGACAUGCACUGA